AUGUCUGAACCUGCUCCUCUGCUGCAGCCCGCUCUGGAUCCUGUGGUCAGUAAAGUUCAUGAAUGGAUUGAGCUGAAUAUGGACAUCAGCUCCUCUUGUGACACAGCUAAGCCUGAUGCACAGCAAAAUGGACACUGUAAGAGCAGCCAGAGCCCAGAAGAAGACUGUGAUGUGAAGGCUUCAGUCUUGGAGUGUCAAGCAGAGAAAGAGACAGACCAUUUAACACCUUGUGGUGCCAAAGUACCUCAACAACAAGAAGAAACCUCCCUCUCCAAAGAGAUUAAUUCUGGCUUUUCAUCAGCCCAGGACAGAAGUUGCUGCAACCACCUUCCAGUAUCUGUGAAUCCAUCAGGCGACUUCUCUUCGGACCUGCUGAGAAUAAUAAAACACAAGCCAAGUGCCAUUGUGUUCAGGGAUUAUGAUUGUACCCAUGACAAUCCAGUGAUCUCAACAGCUAACAAUGAUAACUCCGAUGGUGAGGAGUCUUCCUCAUUCACGUCUGAAGAGGGAGACGAUGAUGAUUUUCCUGAGACCUCACAAUAUAAGGAAUUCCUGGUCAGCCGUCGCCGUAGAAACUUGAGCAGAAGCAGGAAGUGCCUGAGGAAAAGACAGGAUGCCCAGCCUAGUAACUCUGCUUCAAGGGGGCAAAAGCACUCCAAGAAGGAAAGACCUGAGUUCACAGGUAGCCAGGAGGAGGAGGAGGAGGAUACAGGGCAGCACAAUGGACAGCAGGUAAGAAAGACACAACAAAGAUAAAAAGUGUGAUUGUAAAGACAAAGACAAAUAAAUCUUUUCCAGUGUGUAGGAUUUAAGAAAAAACAUGUGGUUGCUGUUUUCCUGUAUCAAACUGGACUGGCUUUUAACCAAAACAAGAGGGUUUACUAGAUUUACUUUAAAUGUGAUUUUAUCAAACUUCAUUGUUUUGUCAAAUUUCAAACCCAGCAUCUUAAAACUGAUCAGAUUAUUUUGAAUGACUAGGCUGUAGAUGCAUCUGAAAGGAAUUCAGCCAUCAGUCAUUUCUAGUAUUUUCACAAGUAAAUUUCCUGCUGAGACAUGUCAAAGUGUGAGUAAUAGAAAGAGUUAAGUACAUUUACUUGUGUUUUGUACUAUGUCAUACUUCCACUUCACCACAACUCGUGUACAAUUCUCUCCACUCCUCUAUGCUAUCUGACAGCCUGUAACUAUUAACGUUUAAAGUAAAAUAUCUGAUAACAAAAAGAAAAAGCUGUAAAGUCAAACUGAUCUAGAUUUGUAAGUUGGUGGUGACAAAUCUGUUUGGUUAUGGUUUUUUUUUUAUUUGUAUCUUCAUCUUGACCAGCUGGAACAGAUACAUUUAUCUGUAUUGUUUAAUUGCUAAUUCAUGCUCUUGUAAUCAACAGCAGUGUCAUUCUAAACUAAACAUACUCUUGAGGGGAAUUUACACAGCAGAAUCACCACAUUUUACAACCAUACAUUCAGUACAUACAGUUCAUGCUACUAAUGAUUUACGUUUACAGUAAGUGAGGAGAGUCCAAAUGAGGGAUUGUAGCUUGAAAAUAAUUAGUUUACAUUAAUAUACUUUUACACUACCAGAGUACAGGAUGUGGAUCCUUUUUCAGUCGCUUUAAACUGUCUUAAAAAGGGGCUGAUUUUUAAAUAGUUAACCUCUGUCUCUACCACUAGAGGGCGACAAGUUGUUGUGAAAUGAUUUUGAACCCUUGAGCAGUUGCUUAUUCCUAUUGGAGUGCUGCUUGGUUUCUGGUAGUCUAUAUAAUUGAGGUUGCAGUGUAAACAGAGACAAAUAGUUUUAUCAUUUUUUUACAAAUGGUUCAGCAUAAAUAAAAAAAAUAUGGCUGAUAGCAUCCCUUAAUUUCUACAUGUGUGAAUCCAAAGUUAUUUAAAGUGCAUGUAAGAAUAGAUGUAAAAAUAAGUUUAUUUAAAUGAAAUGCAGAGUGUGCAUUAAGUUUGUCUUUUUAUGCAGGACUGUUGCUCCUCAAAUGUUUACAAACAGCACAAGAUAUUUGCAGAAACAUUUUAAAAAGGAACACUAUCAAAUAAAUACUUUAAAAUGAAAAGCAACUAGACGAGUGAACCUCACAUCUUGAAUUUCUUUAUUUUUCUCGUGGCUCGGCCUGGCAUCUCCAUUACCCAGCAUGCACUGCACUAGCGGGCAUCCAUUAGUGAGAGCAUGCCCCUGACUGCGUUCUCACACCUGUCAGAGCAGCCCUCAGAUGCUGGCACGUUCUUGUAAAAGUCCUCUGGCACUCACACACACCGUGCUCUGCCCUCUUGGACUGAAAUGAAAGGAUCGGUUCACCCUGUUUUUUUUUUUGUUUUGUUGUUUUUUUGGGUUUGAGCGAGUAACUUUUUUAAGUCACUUAUUGACAGCCUCAGACCGGGGUUCAUUUGAAUACCUGUUAAGUCAAAGAGGCCUCAUUGUGGCUCCGCAUUCCUGGAAUAUCUCGGUACUUGCUGUUUCGUCACACUCCACAAUGUGAGUUAUAACUUUGCCAAAUGAAAUUAUCAAAGGAAUUCAGAGGAAAACACAAAUUAUCAAGCUGCAUUUACAGAGAGGGAGGUCUCACAGGCUUGAGUUUAAUAUUCACGGCUAAUAAAGCAGAAGUAUUUUUAUUUUAUCAUGUCCCAAAUCUGUUGAUGUUUUUUGUCUGUAGAGGUUCUGACACUUUACUGUCUCGACCAAUUAAAUUUUUCCAAGUAAAGGCUCUUCAACAUUUUAUUGUCGUUUCUAGGAGAUAGGACAUAAGUGCAGGCAACAGUGAUUUUAAAUUCCAGUGGUCUGUUUAAAAAUGUGCUGUACGCUUUAUUUGCUUGAUAAGAAUUGAAUGACAUUAUAUUUAAGGAGAUUUUUAACCUCCAUGUUUGAAUCCAAUUAAGUGUUGCAUUUUUGAUUAUAUAGUUUUAUAAUCCACUCACUAUAUAAUGACAUAUGUAUAUAUUUUUCUAUCACACAAUAUUCCGCUGCACUCCUCACCAAAGCCUUAAACAGUCUUUUAUAUAUAAGUCAAAUGUAUAAGAUUGUCCAUAUUUGUGUAAUUAUUCAUGUUUAAUGUUUGUACAUAGAGAGCAAAGUAUACCAGAGUCAGUUUCCUUGGAUGUGUACACAUACUUAGCCAAUCAAGCUGAUUCUGAUUCUGAUGAUAUUGAAAGGGGAGCUGGUGAGUGCCACUUCGGCUUCAUCUUGAUCGGUCAAAACACUUUUAUUUUCCGUCCUUCUUAGCUUGUACCUUAAAAUAAGAUCAUUGUUUGGAUUUGUGGGACCAGUGUAGAGAUUUCACCAACUUAUAGACUAGUCAACUCCUCAGACAGUCAAUACCAGAGGAAAGGGGGCUGAUCCUUGCUCUGGUGUGCAGCUAAAAAUGUGUUUUUUCUUGAGAAGCCAUAAUGUUAUUUCUUUUUUUAUGUUGAAUAAUCAGAAUACAAAUCUCAUUGUGCACCAGAACCAUUGUUCCUGCAUCUUUCUAGCAGGAUGACCAGUCGACCAGUUAAAAAGGCAGCUGGUAAAAAGAAGUAGUCAAGAAACUCGUCUGUCAGUGUUGUUUAUUUUAAGUUUUAUAAGAUAUUUUGCAGAGAAAUUACACAAAUUCACCACACAAGAUCAAUAUUUUUUUUUUAGCAGGGACACCUAUUUUUUGAUCAUCUCUGAUGCUCAGUAGCAACAGCUUCACUUCUCCAUUUCACCUCUGUACAUUGCACAUUGCAGAUAAAUCAAAUAAGAGGUGUGUCAGUCUCAUAUUGGAAAUUUAAUGUAAAAGGGGAUCUGGCUUUAAUUCAUCAGGGGACAAGGAACAAGGCAAUUAUAGAAUAUUUGAUGCUCAGUUUGUACUUAUUCUAGUCGGUGCUCAACAUUUGCCAUCAUUUACAGUGAUGGAUGGUUUGUCAUUGUUGAGCCCUGGAGACCAAGUUUCUCUUUCAAGGAGUUUAACUUGAAUAAGACUCUUGGUGGAAUGACAGAAAGAAGAAAAAAACAUACAAAUGGUUUCAUGAAAAAUCCCCUGAAGCAGGAUCAUCUAAAUUAUUUCUCUUGUCUGCUCGACACUCUUUCAUAAAACACGCUCUCAGCACCAUGAUUUGUUUCAGUGACGGUUCUGACAGGACGUACAUGGUUUUUGCAGAUGAUCAGAGCACUCUCAUACACAUCUUUACUUAUUCAUGCUUCGACAUGUACAUCAGGUUUAUAGCUGCUUUGGCCUUCACCACACAGUUCAGACCAACAGGCUAAUGAAGAGGUUUUACAGCAGAGAUAUGGUGAUGCAUUAAGAGCUCGAUCUUUUGUAAAUACUCUGACAGAGGCCUAUUAACAUUUCAUGAACUUUGAGAGUGAUGUCCCUGCAGUGCAGAAGUAAGUGUCUGCUAACAUGUGUCUGUGUCUGUGCAGUGGUGUGUUCAUGUUUGCAGCCACUCAUGCCACUGAAAAGCCUUCCCCUCCCUGUGUUCUCCCCUCACCCUGACUCUGUCCCCCACAGUGAGGGUAAAAAUAGCACCCUGCUGCACAUAGACGGCCUUCUGUGCUCCUCUGUGUAAGAAUCUGGAGAUGUGGGGGCCGUAACACACAGGAAAUGGCUUUACCGCCACAGCAGUUACUGCAGAUAUUUUAUAAACCGGUUAACAUGAUGGCUUUGGAGGAGGGAGUGGAUAGAAGGGUGUGUUUGUCUGUGUGUGUGCCGGAGUGGGUGGGUGGGUGUGCGUGGGCAUACUUGUGUCCUUGCAUGUAUGUAUGUGUGUGAGUGAGGGGGCCGUUUUUGGACUUCAGGCUCCUCAAAGGGGCCCUAUGUGUUGCUAUCAGCCUCUGGGACUCUGGGAUUGGCAGCGGAGCCCAGAAACAAAGCAGUUUGUUCAUUUCCUGGAAGGCUAGUGAACAAGUGUCUCAGUCAGAGUCCAUGACCAAUGGGUGGAGAGGGAAAGGGAGGGAAGGCGAGGGUUUUGGUAUGUGCAUGUGUUCAGUAUGGAGUGGACUGAUAUUAAAAACAUGAUUACAUAACGGGAUUCAACCCCAUGGCUGUUUUACAUAAUUUAAAAACAUCAGCAUCCAUCUGUAUUUACAGCUUUGUAUUUCUUUUUCAUCAAAUUCUUCUGAUUUCUUGCUCCGUGAUAAUCUCACUGAGAAAGUGUCACCUCCUACACAGCGCAGGAUACACUCUGUGUGUCACUGCUCAGGCUGAAAAGCACAAUAAUCUUAUGCAAACGAGCCUUGAGGCAGUGAAGGAUGGAGUAGGUGGAGGAAGAGGAGCAGAUUUCUCCAGAGUACCCGAAGGGCGUCAUUACAAGAGUCUAUCUUAAUUCAGCCAUAUUUGUUGUGUAUGUGUGUGUCUCUUUAGGCUCCAGUGUGUGAUUCUAUGACCCUCCUGAUGAAAAAGCUGAAUCACCUAAAUGAAGGGGUUCAGGAUACGCAGAGUGCCAAUUCCUCCCGCUCAGAUGUAGCCAAUCCUGACAAGGAGCAGACAAGCCUCAUGGUAAGUAAGGUACAUUUACUCGAAGUCAAGUCUGAUUUAUCUAAAACUUGCUUUUGAAGGUUUUUACUAAAUACUGAAGAAGGAACAAAAGAUAUAGGGGAGAGUGGGGUAACUUGAGCCAAAGGGUAAGUUGAGCCACCCCCUGUUUCUUGGAAAUGGUAAAAGAAAUUGAUCAUGUGACCAAAUAUUUAGGAGAUGGGCAUCAAUUCAUGGAGUCUGUGAAGGUGAGAAGGACAUGGAUGAAGGGGUUAGACAUUUAUUUACAAAAAACAUUUUUCACUCUUGAAAGUGAAUUUAGUCUGUUAUAAGUUUUAUUAGAAUUGUGUUCAGACCAAAAAAGAUCAUUUUAAAUUUGUUUUAUACAUCAAUUGUGGUAUCUAUGAGCUACAACAUGAGGUCAAAAACAGAGCAUAAAAGUCCACCAUUUUAGCUUAGAGGACCAAUAAAGUCAUCAUAGUAGCUCAGGGGUAAGUUGAGUCUUUGGCCCAACUGAGAAAGUAAAGAAGUCUGAUGAGAGGUAAAUUGACCAUAGGAGACCACUUUUUUUUUUGGCAUGCUAUAUUAUCAAGACAGUUAUGUUUACACUCAUUCUGUUGGUUUGCAGGGAUUCACAACAUCUUGAAAUACAUGCAGAUACACUAGUUAGAGACUAAACUAUGAUUGCGUUGAUGUAGUGAUCUGAAAUAUGAGAAAUGGCUCAUCUUACCCCACUCUCCCCUAUAGACUGAUUGGAAGACAGUAGACUCACUUCAGACCAAUCAUACAACAAUGAUAAGGCUGACUGUUCACUUUCUGCAAAGUUUAAAGUUUGUCAUGUGUCGUCUGUGUAAAAGACGUCAACAUUAAAAGGGAUAUUUUCUCAAUGCACCCUGAAAAAUAUAACACUGUGCCCUGAUUAAUACCUAUAAAGUGGCUAAAAACUCCAAAUUUGUUCCCUGUUUACUGUACUGAAAGCAAAACUGUUCACCAUCCCAUUAGUGACCACACACACUCGAGCAGAAUUAACUGUUGAGUCAUCAUAGAGCGCACCACACACAUGUUUGGGAGCACACUCAGGGGAAUGUGUUGGCAGGUAUUUAAACGGGGCAGAUUAAUUAAAAAUAAUAGUUUGGACGGUCUCCAAGCCUGUUGUUUUUCCUCCAUUAAAGCCUUUUAUAAAUCAGACAGGCUUCUGACGCGUAUGGCAUCCAUCUGGAAAGUGCACUUAUCCUCCUGAAACCACAGAUAGUAGGAGCUGAGCUCACACUGGCCUACUGUUAUUUUAAAGGAUUAUUUAGCACAAUUUCUGCUGGAAGAAUGAGGUGUGUAAAUAGCUCCUGUGCUGCUCUGCUCUCUCUGAGCAUUCCAGGUGCCUCAUUAUGCGUACAUAGUGUAAAUCUGGUAACCUCAAAUAGCUCUUAAACCAACAGCACAGAGCUGUAGGAAUUCUUGUAAAAAAAGCUGUAUUUGAUCGGGCUGAUCUUAAUCAAACUGUCUGGAAAACAUCAGCCAAAAAGACAGACAUUUCCGGCUCAGUGUAUCAUAGCUUCUUUCAAGUAUUUUAAUGCGACACUUGAGUACAUUUUAUCGUAGAGAGGAUGAAUUUUUGUGUUAUGAAGCAUAAAGGUAAAAUACAGGAUCCAGCACAAUGUGAUGAUCGAUAAAAGGAUCAGGAGUUCAGUUCAGCUGCUGUGGUUUAAUGGAGGGAGCAGAGGGGGCAUUUAUCCAAAAAUGUCAAAUAUUUAUGGUGUAAUAAAGAUUAAAUGAUCUCAGCCCAGCACAGUAAAGUGUGAUUUCACUUUGGUGGUAAAAGGCUUUAAGGGCUGGGUGUAGAGAAGGGUGAAAUACAGUUUUUUUAAUUAAAAUUUCAACAUAUUUGAUUGUUUUUUUGAAUACCCCAAAUUUGUUCUGUCUGUUUGUUUUUGCUGCUUUUUUGAAUCAGUCUUUUUGUGUCGUAUGCUCAAUAUGAAAGACUAAAGAAAUACCGAUCCUCGCUCCUGACUGUUUUCCAUUUAGUCCCUCACAUAGCAUCCACCCUCUUCUUCCUCUGUCCACAAAACGGCCCUCGAAGCUUUCGUUCAAGCAAAAUCGUCUUCAUUCAGCCAUGCUGGAUGUGCGGCCCAAAAAGUAAUCUCUCAGCACCUGUUGAAUCGAAAAUUUGUAACAGAUGUUGUAUUCAUGUGCUUCCCAGAUUAUCCCCAGAGGUUAUUCCUCCGACUUUGGUGUGUUUAUGUGCUUUCAAUUCAAAAAGUCUAGUUUGAUGUUACCUGACAGUUUCCAUGUUUGUUAUGCUCCACAAAAUGUUGUUUGUGUUUUCUUGUUCAGUAUGACAGUACGAUAUGAAACAGUAUACACCAUAUUGAUGUUAUAUCCUCUAGAUUUGGGUAUUCAUAAUUCAUAGUUGGAAAGAUUUGGAGUCACACUCAAGUUGAGAUAUCUGAAAGACAAAAAUACCAUCAGACCAAGUUGUUAAUGCAAAACUAAGAAACUGAGAUGAGCUAAAAUUGGACUUUCGGUUUGAACUGCUCUUUGUUUUUUGGGGACACUGUGUUCUAGAAGUUGUUAUUUAACUGUGACCACACAGUUAAAAGAUUAGCAACAGUAUCAUGCCAUCUCUAUGAUGGGAAUGCUCUACCGGGUCAUAAAGGGAAUUUUCGACACAGACACUCUUUGUGUGCUGGGAUGAAGGGAAAAUGUGUUUCUUGGGGAUGGCAUUUGAGGACUGGAUUCUUGGUUCAGAGGAGAGAUGCUGUUUGCAGAAAAUCGUACUAUUCUUCCUUCACUUUCACUUACACACACACACAACCAUGUUAUCAGCUUUGCGGGGGGAGAAAGCGGGAAGCGUGAUGGCGGGUCUUCUCACUGAGGAGGGUACAAAAGUUGAGUCAUGAGGUCAAGCAAGGAUGGGCUUUCCAGUUUUGUCACUUAUCGGAGAUACAGGGAUAACAGGCAGAAAAGGGGGAUUUUUGGAUAUGAGAGAAGAGCAGAUGCAUCAUCAGCAGUGUCUUCAAACACUUCCCCCCAAUAGCAGCUCCUCUUUAUAUCGCAGAAACACUAUAGAGAUAACAGAGACGAGCUGAGGAGGCAGCUGACAUGAAGACAGUCCUGAGGGUAAGAGACUUAAAGAGAAACAGCUACACAGAAAAUAGAAAUAGACGUGAUCCGAUACCUUUUUAAGAUAAAGAUGCAAAAAUAAACAACAAUACUUGACGAGACAGAGAGAUUUCCUGUUGUCAAACUUUUAUUUUUCUCUGGACACAUUUUGUGUCUGGGGUCACACUUUAUUACCCAGUCCCAACUUUCAAGACGAGAGAGAUCGAGUUAAAUAUGCUAUCUGUAUUUGUUUGUUUAAAGUCAGGUUGGGUAUGUUGGCACCUUUCCUCUAUUCAGUCUGAUUUUUCCGUCUCUCUUCUCCUCCUUCUCAGUUUGCUGUAUCUGCAGCCAGGACGGCGGGACGAACGCCAGGUCAGGCUCAGGUAACCUGCAGAGCCUCAGACAAAUCAGAGCCGCUCACUAGGCGCCCCUCUCGACCUUUGACCCGCAGCAGACCACUGACCCGCUCUUCCCUCUCGUCUCCUGCGCAUCUCCACGCUCGACGGGCCAGAGUGAGCCAGACUAUGCUUCUAUGAUAUUUCUUUUGCCACAGCUCUGAGCUUCAUAGCAGCAGCUUCUUUAUUCAGCCGUGAGGAUUGACCUUGUGGUGAUUCUUAUGGUUAGAAAGUCACAUUUGCUGUCUUCUGUGUUUUGUUUGAUCAAAGAUGUGGUUAGGCGACAGUCAACUACAUCUUCUCUCAUGAAAAAACAACUUUGCUCUGGGGUUUUUUGUGCUUAUUAUUAUGUAAUGUUAACAAUACCAAGUUCAUUUCAUGUCUGGGAUUGACCCUUAAUUUGAUUAGCCAACAGACUAAGUUUAAACCUACAGACAUCUCUGCUAACAGAGGCUAAAUCUGAUUCAAAGUCUGAAACUGACAUCUCUGAUGGAUAUAGUUGGCUGAUUAAGCAUCAAAGGAACAUUUAAUGGUUAAAUGAGCUUGAUUUGUAACAUCUUUUUAGGGGAAUCCUCUGGCUCAGAAUUAAUGUGUUGUGAUUUCUUUCACAUAUUGUGGAUAAAUAGCUUAAAUUACAAGUAGUUAACCUCUCUCUCUCUCUCUCUCUGCAAAUACAACGAUCUCUUACACUCUUAUUUCAAAAUAUUGUGUCAUAUCUCGGCCUGGGAAUUUGUCAUAGCAGCGUUUUACAGGAAAGUAAAUACUUGACAUUCUCAUUGACAUUUGCCUUAAAAACCUCGACUUACGCCCUCCCUUUUCCUAUCUUCCAUCCUCCUUCCUCUCACUGGGCCUGAGUCCAGUCUGCACGUCCCCCUGCUGUUGUGUAAAUAAGGUGAAAGUAAAAGGAUGAGGCAGCCCUGCCCUAUCCAGCAGAAUGCAAGGUCAUCUUCUUUUCUCUGCGUCAGCACUGCACCAACGACAGAAACAAACACACAUGCAGUUCAGCUCCACAGGUACAUGACGGAAGGAAAAGGAGAGAGGGUGGGAGGGUGAGGAGUUUAACUGAAGGGGAAAAUAGUUGGAUCUUAGUUUAAUGAUAAAUUUUUAAAUCAUUAUGAUAAAUGAAUUUUGAAUUGAAUGACUUUUUUCUGGGUAGAUGUUUGCACUGAAAAACUUUUGUCUGUGACAUCUUAAAAGUUGUGCACCAAAAAUCAUUUUCAGUCUUUCUAUUAGUCAUAUCAACAAAUAAUGAAAAAGUCUAAAAAUUGCUCCCUUUAACUCUGUACUAUAGUUUCACCUGUAAAGCUUUAAACCCCAAAAGGCACCAACUGUAGUUAGACCUGCAAAUCAUCAAAUCAGUGCUCAUUCCUCCUUUCUCAGAGAAUUUAAAGCUCCUCUAAGGAACUUUUGGAUUGUGUCAGUUUUCCUCCCCCCGGACUUGCGUUUCUUGAGAAACAAAAUCUAGUGCCACCUUUCAACAACCAUAUGUAUAACUCAUCACUCAUGUUUGCUGUUGAACACAUACAAAAAGAUAUACUGUUAGAAUCACCUAAUCUGACACCUACCCCCCGUCACUUAUUUCAGACAUUUAGCUAACUACAUAAAAAACGGUCUCUCUCCUUCUUUUAUGAUUUUAUAUGCUUUCACAGGUCAUAAAGCGAGAGUAAUAGUAAUUUCAGUCUGUUUCAUGACUGUCUAAAAACUCCUCACAGGAGCUUUAAGUGUAUUUGUUGACAUAGAUGGAUAAUAUCUAUUAAAUCAGCUUUAGACUCAUUGUUCCGGGUCCACAAGAGUUGGCAUGUCCCUGCAGAGUACAGUGAUAAACCAGUGCGUAAUUUAUCCUCAAGUGUCAGGAUUAUUAGUUGUAAAAGCCUGUCUGUGAGUAGGUGUGUGUGUCUGUGUGCAUAUAUGUAUGGAUGUGUAGGGAGCAGCAGGGGCCGUGGGAUCAGACUGAUGCAGAGCAGAGGGUUUAUUUUCACCGAACUGUGACUGAUAAAGUACAGCUGUCCAAACUAACAUGAACACACACACACACACACACACACACACACACACACACACACACGCCACACACACACACACAGGCCCAUGUGCAGACACAAAAUAUACUUCUAUGAUCUAAAGGUAGCAUUAAUAUCAAGGCAAAAACCAUUAACAUAGCAUCAGACUCUGCGUUGUUGUAAUCUUGAUUGUCUUGUAAACAUUACAUGGUGACUGUCACAACACUCUGAGUCAACUCCUGACCCUCAAACAGGGAAAACUUCACAUUGUGGGGGACAUAUGUGAACAGGAUGGGCUGUCCUGGAAUUUUCAAGAAUUUUUCAGGGGUGGAUAUCUGAAAAAAAAAAAAGUGAGUCACUGCCUGCUGGUCAACGAGACAAAGGGAGGCUCGGCGCACUUUGGCAUUGGCUUCGAUUUUGAAAUUGAAGCCUAAGUAAAUAUCAAACUAUUGAAUCAGCAUUUAUUUAUUUUUUUUGAGUGGGAUGACUCUUUGUUUAUUUUUAAUUGGUUACAUUUGAUAAUAGAACUGAAGAAAACCCCCAAUGUUUUUUAAGAGUUUCCUGUAUAUUGUCAUAUAAAACUCUGGCAGUGAAUCUUCUGAAAACCUUUGGUAGAGCUGUGGAGUCUGCACAGGAUAAGAGAUAAGAUAAGAUUCUCCUUUAUUAGUCUCACAGGGGGAAAUUCCAAUUUUACAUCAGCGAUAAAUACAAAGGAUGGAGAAACUUAGUAGUUAAAAAAGAUGAUAUACAUGAGCGUUAUUUAAGAUUCAUGAGCUGUCCGUAUUGAAAUAAUAUCUCUGACAGAAAUUAGUAAAUGAAUCUGAGCCAUUACUUGUCCAGAUCCUGUGGAUUAUGCGACUUUUACACGUAUGUCACUUACUGCUCAUAUAAGCUUUAAUUUCCUGUAUUUGUAUCACUCUGCUACUUUUUUUGUCUUUUUUCCUCCACUUUGGGUAUAUCUUCUGUUGAUCUUCUUCUCUGUCAUGACCUAUUUUUUGUCUGUCUCUUCUUUCAAAAUCAGCCCACAGACUCUCAGGGGAGUGUAGACACACUCACAGACACAUAUGAAACAACAUCCUCUACAAUUUCCUCUGAUUUUGCUCCAUUGUGUAUUAUGGCAGAUUUUUAUAAGUGCCUUUAAUCUCAUUUCAAAUAACAUAUUAAACUUUUUUUUUUUGGGUCAUCUUCUAAUAAAUCAACUGUUAGUUUUUGGAGGCUUUCUUCUGAUCCUGAAGCCUUUUCCCAGCUGCUUCUGUUUGAGAAGAGCGUGUAUCAGUGAAACUGAGUCAUUCCCUUUGGCUGAUAUUGUGUUUACAUUCCCCAAAACUUCAAAGUGUUCGUGUGACUCUACUAAGUGUCUGUAUAUUUUCUUGAUUAUAUUUUGGUAUUCAUUGUGUGUUUUCUCUUUUUCUCAUGUCAGGCUGCUGGGAGGAUGACCAGUGGAUCAGCAGGUAAGAUAAGAGAGAGAGAAAAUGACUUAUGAAUGUGUGUGUUCGGUAUCAGCGUUUUGAUUGCUUAUUUGCAUUCCCGCUAUGGGAUAAAAGUGGACUUCUGGGAAUGUGUCCCACAGGAUUCCCAGGCAGUAUGUCAAACCUCAACCACCCACAAGUCAAGAUAUACUGUGACUACUUCAACACACACACACAUACACAUCAGAAGCACAUUCUGGUGCACAAGCGGAUUAAAAAUGCGACAUUUUGUGGCUGGAAACUUUGGUUCUGGGAGAUUUUUCACUCUCUUUAGCCGCGCAACACCUUGGAAAAAUGUGUGGUUGUCUUGUGUUGAAAAGAUUAUUUAUCCCUUUUUUCCUUUGAGGCUGUGUUUUUUGCUCUUUCACCUCUUGGAAUCAGCUUCCCAGUAUUAGAAGAGUCUGAGAAAAUGAUUAAUGAGUCCAACUCUGACCCUUGUCCGUAUCUCUUAUCCUCAGAGUGUGUCCCUUUUGAUUGACAAGCACAGGCGUCAUGGCGACUGUAGUUAAGUGAAACCCAGAUAGGUUUCGCAUUUUGGAUUGUUUAUUUUUGUGUGUUUUCUCUUUCUCUCUGUGUGUGUGUGCGUGUGAAAGCUCAUACACCCCACUUCAUGUGAAUGUAUGAGUCCGAACAGUCGAGGUGUCUCCAGCAUCAGCAGGGGUCACAUUACUGUCAUGAUAGUCUGUGGAGGAGAGGUGCAUUGUGGGUAAUGAGGCCCCAGAGGUUGUGGAAGGGUCAUAGGUGAUGGCAUCAGUGGCAAAUGACGAGGGUGGGAGUUUAUAUGUGUGUGUUUGUGUGUAAAGGAGACUGAAACAUUUCAUACAAACACGACGUCGCUGAGAGAGGAGGGAAGAUAAGUUUCAUCGUGCGGAGGUUUGGUGCCUCAGGUUUGUUUUCUCACUUGAGGGUGUUUAUUUUUUCCUCUGAUAUGAGGAAACACUUUGGCCCUUUGACAGAAAUCCUGUCUAAUCAAUCAGUGUGUGUCGGCCUGUGUGGGCUCUGUCUCAGCUGCAGAAGGACAGGAUAUGAUAUGCACAUAUCUCUGCCUACAUAGCUGACAUUCACGCCGCGCUCUGACAGAUAAACAGGGAAUUCCUCUUUGGAGUUUCAACAAGAAUCACUCUUGUUCUAUGCCGGGGGUCUCCUUAUCAACUCAAAGUUUUUGUGAUUGUCCUCAGCGCAGACCUUUUGAUGUUUUUUUUCUUAAAUAUCCACAUUUUUGUGCUUGUCUAAAAAGAAGCACUGGCCAUGAUGAAUGUGCUUUAAAUCAAAUCUGCCCCGGAGCUCCUGACAGAAAUGUUUUAAUCCCCACAAAGAUGAAAGGAUUUACUUUCCAUACAUUUUCCUGAGUAUUAAUAUGCAAUGAUAGAUGAUUUUUUUUGUGUGCUCUCCUUGAUUUCAAGUUCGCUUUUAUUUUGAAGACCUCUUAAUCUUUGAGGUCACCCCAGUAAUGCAAACAGUAACUUUUAUUAUCCCACACAUGCAGACACACUAGUUUUACAGCAUCUUAACCUACUUUUAAACCUGGAUUAAAGACUUUGAUAUGAUGUGAUUGUCUAGUGCAUUAAUGUAUAUAGUGUAAAGUUUCAUUUCUGUGAGCUUGGUCCGGAGAAUCAGUGUUGUUUUAUUCUAUCUGUUCUUUCUUGCUCGCAGACAAGCUGGAUGAGUAACACUCACACUGUUCUGGUGAAGAAAAAUAACCUCCCCAAGAUAUUUUAGCAGAGAACUACUUUUUUUUUUUUGAGUAGUUCAUCAUAAGCUACAUUUGACCUUGACCUGAACCGCUGACACACAUUCUGUCUACUGUCACUGCCUACAGGGAUUAUAAAAAACAUAUAAUCCUUCAGAGUUUUAACAUUAUUGGAGAGUGCUCAGGGAGACUGUUGGUAAUCUCGACCUAUGGCCUGUGGAUCCUUUUAGUUUGUCCUUCGCAUGUAUGUAAGGGAUUUUAAUAAGUCUGACUGGAGGGUUCAGCUGCUGUGUGGCUCCAGCAGACACACUUUCACCAGAGAGAGUGUCAUGCUAAUGUUUAGCCUAAACAGUUUUGUCAUAUUUGAGUAACUUCUCUGGAAGCGUUGCGAGCGCCAGAGGAUACCGGCUGUUUCUGUGUAUACAUACACAUACACAUUUUCUACUACCGCUAUGUGUUGCGCAUAAUGUACCACACACAGAAAAGGCAGUUGGCGCUGCAAUUAACUCCCAAUAAAACUGGAUUACUUAAUGACGGUGUCUUGUUGUGGUGUUAAUGUGUGUGUGGAUGUGCACAUAUGUGUGAGAAGCUGUGAUGUACAGACCUACCAGAGUGCAUGCAGUAAAGGUUUGUGAUGCAAAGAGGGCCCUUAUUAACUCAAUGCUUAGUAAGUAAGCUUGGUCGUGUAAUUGUGUAAGUGUGUGUGUAAGAGUGUGUGUGUCUUUUGAAUAUUGCAGCAGUGUGCAGGAGAGCUAGACUGGAAGUGGAUUUGGCUGCAGUCCAGGUUUCUCCCUCACCUCCUGGUCUUUAUGCUUCCUCUGUAUUUCUACUUUCAACUUAUUUCGUGAAUGCACAAAAACUAUAUCAUACUUUAGAUUUAACGUUGUAUUUGUGAGUCAUUCAUGAUGUUUGUUGCUUUGUUCAGUACAUCACUACUUGUUGCCGUUAUAGUGGAGCCUUUUAAAGCUUGAUCUUGUGUGUACAUGUGUGUUUACUGGCUUGUGAAGUUGUGCGGCACAUAUAUUUGUGUAUCAUCUGUACGUGUUUGUGUGUUUGUGUGUGGUCCUGAUACCCUAUACAAGCACUGAAAAAAAAUGCCCACAGGAAGGAAGUGGGUCCUUGAGGAUUUUCCUGCUAGAAUGCUUAUUUUAACAGCUCAAAACCUCACAAUAUGUGUAUCGCUCUUAAGUGCCUUUAAACUGAGAUACUCGUGACAUGGCCUCCUAUCAGCGUACAAUCUGCACUCCCUUGACCUGUGGAGUUUCCUCUGUGUCCAUUAGCUAUUGUUUCCCUUCUCCCCAGCCCUGCCUCAGGUCCUGCUCACUCCAUACCUCAGUCUGCACCCUGUAAACCUCUGCACUCAACUUUCAGACCCCUGAGUCGAUCUCUAAAUACGACGUCUACCCCUCCCCGCUCAGUCCCGCACUCUAAACCUCAGGCUCAGUCUACCUCCCAUAUAUCAGCCAUGUUUUCUGUUUCCCAUCUGUAUCAUCUCUCCUCUGUGGUCCUCAGGCUGAAACCUUUGCUUUGUGUCCCCCCCUCCUCAGACUGACCAUAGUGAUAGCCAUCUCCUGCUCGUGGUGA